CUAUUACAUAUAUUGUUAUCUUUUUAAUUUUUCAGCUGCAAUGCAGAGUUUCUGGUCACAUUCCUGCCUAAUAACUUACAUCAGUUCCCAGCUAGUUUUUGGUUAUGUAACGUCUGCGCUUUGCCUAAAACUUCAGUUAACUUUUAUAACUUCUUCCAUUUUGCUACUGGAGUCGACUAGACUACUCAUGAAGAUGCACUCCUUCGUACGUACAAACGCUGCGCGCGUUCUCGUUGGUAAACUGAAAUUAGACACCGAUUCUGGGGGAAUACAAAGACCCAAGUCAUCAAUUGCAUUACGUUUGCCAGCAUUCAGCUCCUAUUUAUACUUCCUAUUUGCACCUACGCUCAUCUAUCGCGACAGCUAUCCGCGUACGUCACAUAUUCGAUGGAGAUUCGCUCUAGCGCGAUUUUUGGAAAUCGCGGCCAUUGCAUUCCUGUACAGUUAUUUGUUUGAACGCCACAUUAAGGUUCAAUUCGAGGACUUUGGACGUGAGGAACUACCCAUGCGUUCCUUAAUUAUCAAGUUGCAUGGAAUGUUCUUUCCCAACAACAUAAUCUUUUUGUGUGGUUUCUAUCUUAUUCUACACUCUUGGCUGAAUUUCACUUCUGAAUUGUUGCGUUUCGGUGAUCGCAUGUUUUAUAAGGACUGGUGGACAUCGGCAAACUACAAUGCUUACUACCGCGAUUGGAAUGUAGUGGUGCAUGACUGGCUCUAUGAGUACAUCUACAAGGAUACCUACUAUUACAUUUUCAAAGGCUCCAAGUUGUCUGCAACGAUCGUGGUUUUCUAUACGUCAGCUUUAGUGCACGAGCAUAUUAUUUCAUUUGCAUUAAGACUUUUCUUUCCAGUCCUAUUUUGUUUCUUUGGAGGGCUAGGUAUAAUUAUGAUUAUUAUUACGCGCAAAGUCUCCAAAAGAAUUGGUAAUUUCUUGGUGUGGGCUACUUUGAUCAUCGGCAAUGGUUUGUUGUUUUCGUUAUACAGCAUGGAAUAUUAUGCUCGCCUUAAUUGUCCAAGAACAUAUGACAAGUGGACGGACUAUCUAGUGCCGACUGCGUGGACUUGCUACAACAAAUAAUAUGUACAUAGAUGGAUACAUAUGUUGAGUGGUAAAUGAAGUUUUAUAUAUACAUAUGUAUGUUCUUACCAUAUGUAUGUAUGUUUGUGUACGUACAAUAAUGUAUGUAUGUAUUUAUAUAGAACAUGUACCUGUAAUUAAUAAGUAGUAGUUUUUAUAUUAAGGAUUUCUAGAAUUUAUGUAAGUUAUUUGCAGCAAUUUUGUACUUAUGUCUGCAUGAAGGUACGUUUACUGUAAUUUUUGGCGAUUUUGAAUUCCCUUAUGUAUCUUAAAUACAAACACUUUCAUUAGAAAUUCAGUAUGUACAUAUUUGUCAAAUAAAUCAGAGAAACUCCAGUUUUA